AUGUUCUCCAAGAUCUUCUCCCUCAUCACUUUGGUGGCCGCUGCCUCCGCAUACACCGUUCUUACUCCAACUCUCAACUCCACCGUUACAAAGGGCAAACCCACCACUGUGAAAUGGUCGUCCGUCGAUACUGACGCAUCCCAAUUCUCCAUCUACCUCGUCAACUUCAAAGACUGGCCUCCUACCGUCAUCUCCCUCGCUCAGAAUGUUCCACAAUCCGAGAAGAGCGUCGAUGUUACUAUUCCCUGUGACGUGAGCAGUGACUACGGAUGGCAACUCAACUUCAUCAACGGAACCAAUACCUACGUCAUCUACGCCCAAUCCAAUGCCUUCUCCCUUACCGGAUCAUGCGUUGACCCCACAACCUCUUCCUCUAUUUCCCUCGCUACCACCACUGCGUACGCGACCAAGAACUCGACAGUUACCGCCUUCUCUACUGCCACCACAACCGCCAUCUCCAAAGUUAUCGAGACCGUAACCUUCACCAGCCCCAUCGUCUGGUUCGUCCAACCUACCUCCAUCGGUUCGAUGUGCGCCCCACCAAAGACCGUCACAGUUUAUGCUGAUGGACCCGCCCCAACCGAUUGCAGCUCUGGCUCUAGUCCCUCGGGAUCUUCAUCAGGAGGUCAUGGCUCCGGUUCGGGCUCUGGUUCUAAUUCGGGAUCCGGUUCUGGUUCUGGUUCGGGUUCGGGUUCCGGUCCUGGUUCCGGUUCGGGCUCUGGUUCUAAUUCGGGCUCCGGUUCUGGUUCUGGUUCGGGCUCUGGUUCUAAUUCGGGCUCCGGUUCUGGUUCGGGCUCUGGUUCUGGUUCUGGUUCGGGCUCUGAUUCUGGUUCCGGUUCUGGUUCGGGCUCUGAUUCUGGUUCCGGUUCUGGUUCGGGCUCUGAUUCUGGUUCUGGUUCUGGUUCCGGUUCCGGUUCCGGUUCCGGUUCUCCAGGAACAUAUAGUAACUCCACUACCGGCACCACCAAACCAAGCUACAGCGUCCUUCCAUCGGGUACUGGUUCCGGACCAAAGAGUACUAGUACAGCUACCACACCUGUUUUCACCGGCGCAGCGACUUCUAUUCAAGCUGGUUCAAUGCUUGCUUUGAUUGCCGGUGCCGCAGUCGUUUUGUUGUAA